GGAUGAUGAUGAUGGUGAUGAUGAUAUCGAUAAUUACAACAACGAGAAUGGAAGAUGAUGAUGAUGAUGAUGGCAUGAAAUCUUCAGAAGGCAAGGAAGGUAAUGGUGCAACUGACGACGAUGAUGACGACGACUUUUUGACGGCAUUGAUGAUGAUGUGUAUGAUGAUCGUGUGUUGUGAUGGUAUAGAUGAAGAUGAUAAUAUUGAUGACCAAGACUAUGAUGACAAUGAUAAUGGGUAUGAAGAUGAUGAUGAUGAUGAUGCUGUUGUCAUCAUCAUGAUGAUUAUGAUGAUGAAUUGUGAUGAUGAUGAUGAUGACGACAACGAUUACGAUCAUGAGCAGGAUUAUGGCGAUGACGAACAUGCUGAUGAUGACAAGUACGAUACUGGUCACCCGCACAUGGAUGAAGGCGGCAAUGAUGAUGAUGACGAUCGAUGAUGAUGACCAUCAUCGUAUAUGAUCAUUCCUGAGGAUCAUCAUUACGACAACUGAAGACGCAGAGAACAGCGAAGUUGAUAAACUCACAAAAAAUAUGACGAAGUUGAUAAACUCACUAUAAUGUU